GUGGCGAUGGGAGGUGUUGGGUUAGGGACAGGAUCUGAUACUCACGAUUCCCCUCCGCGACCAGAGAUCAUUCACACCAACCGCAAUGUCCUCAGCUCUGCAGACCGCGAUCGUGCUCGCCGCGCCGUUUCUGAUUCCGCGCGCGAUCGCCUAUUACCAGCGGCGGUCUGGGAAUAAUCAACAAAGGCGGACGAGGACGGUGACUGCGCUUGCGACCCGCGAUGCGGUGGUGCUGGCGCUGUUUGUCGCGGCUGCUGCCGCGCAUCUUUUACAUGCGGGCGUGUAUCUUAGGCAUCAGCACGAGAUGCAGAAUAUCUUUGUCCGGACACAGGUAGAUCUUUACACGCCCGUGAAGCGACUUGAGCGAAUACUCGUUGCAGCAGGCGGGAUGGACGAGUCCACGCGCGUGUUACUCGAACAUCUCAAACCACCUUCCUCGCGCGCAAUCUACGCGACCUACGGCGCAGACGCGCUCGUGAACUGCGACUGGUGCGCGUCGGGGGAUGAUUUCGCCGCGGACGAAGGGCUGGCGUAUAGGAUAUACCUCCUUCCGAGGCUGCUGUGGCCGGGCAUGGCGCAGCUGGGUGUCUUGGGAUUCGCGACGAGUUUGGCGUCGGCGGGUAGAUUGACUUCUGCGCGCACGCCGGCUGCGUUUGCGGUCGUGUUGGUUAUGCUGGCUGUUGUGUGGAGAUUGUUUACCUUCUCGCUGUCGGCGAAUAACCCGCCCUCGCCGUUCGCGCAACAUAGAGAACCGACAUAUCUCCUGCACGACCUGCUCACGCAACGCGACGGCGCGCUCGCGCUGAUCGACCUCGUGCUCGCGUGUCUCGCCUAUCUCGCAUGCACGAACCGGCUCUCGCUCGGUACAAGCUCAGACCUGGUCGCCGUCAGCGCGGCAGCUGAUUCCCGCCGCCGCGAGCUCGCGCGGCUGUUUGGCGAGCUGCAGAGGCAGGCCGAGGGCACACUGCACACCUGCCGCAGCGGGAAUCUCGUGCGUGCAGCGGUGCUGGGGGAUGACAAGUUACGAGAGCAGACGGCGGCGUUUUGGGAUGAGAUUGCUGCCGAGGAAGGAGAGUUGUUGAGAGACGAGGAGGUCGAGCGCGCGAUGAAGGGUGCGAGGGAGGAGGCGGUUGCGAAGGGGAUGUAUGAGAAGAUUGAUGCGGAUUCGGCGGAGUAUGCUGAGGCUAUCGUGCGGGUUUCAAAGACGGGGUUUGGGAGGGCGUGAGUUCUUCAUAGCAGCUUGCUUGUGGUUUGUUAUAUAGCUUGUUUUGGUUUAUGUGCAUUGCUUGGAUAUACAUCGGAUAUUUAUUUACAUCAUGGUAAACUCUCAACCACCUCUGCUUUUCACUGUCGGGCGUAGCUUAGCUUGCAUUUCAUCUUCACAGCGGUCUGAUUUUGCAU